AUGGCGUCUGUCGAGGCUCUCUGGAGCCAUGUCAAGGCCGGGCUCGACGAGAAACAAGCCUCUGUUGCCGUCGCCGCCAUGAUCACGUUUCUCGUCCUUGUCUUCACGACCAGAGCAAUCACUGGAAGUCCAGCAACAGUCGACGCAAGCGGAAAACACAAGAUCCCGCCCUCCCCGAGCUACUGGAUCCCCUUCAUCGGACAUGCUUUAUCCAUGGCUAGCGCUGGCUUUCUGCCCAGCCUGAGAGAUCGGUUCUCAGAGGGCAUCUUCACUUUGAAAAUGGCCGGCAAGAUGCAUCACUUCAUAUACAAGCCUUCGCUGGCUGCGGCGCUGUUCAACCUGCACCGCCCUGCUGCCGAAGAGCAAAUGCUCGCGAACCGCCUCCUCACCUCAACUUUUGGCGUGAGCAAGAAAGACGCAGCCAUCUACAACAGCAUCUUCCCAGAGGCCCUGGCUCUCUAUAAGCACCUCAGCUCCGAGCCGGGGCUGAGCGAGGUGACCAACGCAGCUGUGUCGCAAGUCAAGCAGACCAUCAACAGCUUUGUCACGUUCAGCCCGAACCCAAUGGACCAGACCGAGUGGGAGAGGAUGGCCGAUGUCGACGUGAUUGAGGAGAGCGGCCCCGACGGCCCCAUUACCCAGGUCGACUUGAUGGAGCUGACGAGGAACUAUGUUGCAACAACAGCAAUUCCGGGCAUCUACGGCACCGACUUUGUUGAAAACUUUCCCGAGCUGUGGAAGUGGAUGUGGAUAUACAACGAGGCAUUUGUCCUGAUGGCCACCGGCGUCCCGGCAUGGGUUCCAUGGCCGCGGCUUCAGCGUGGAAAGCUGGCCCGGAGACGCCUCCUGGGAUAUCUGUACGAGUUCAACGAGGCCAUGGAGCAGCACAUGGACGGGCAGGAAACCGACCCCAAGUGGCAGAACCUCGAAAAUGUCAGCGAGCUGGUCAGGAGCAGGAUUGCGCUCUUCCGAAAGCACGGCGUGUCGCUCGCCGGUCGUGCGUCCUUUGACCUGGCGCUGCUGUGGGCUUCGGUUGCGAAUUCCAACCCGCUUAUUCCAUGGAUGCUCUAUGAACUGUACAGAGACCCUGUGCUUCUGGAGCAGGUUCGAGAAGAGAUUGCGCCGUAUGUCAGGGCCGUCCAGCCAAAGAAUGAGUUUGGAGAUGCCGUCUGGGUGCCGCCGGUGCUGGAAGACGCGGACAUUGACGGGCUGAUAACCAAAUGCCCUCUUCUCAAGGCCUCGUACAUUGAGACGCUGAGGGUAUACUCUUGCGGAUGGGCGAUGAAGCUGAUGUAUAGCGACACGGUGCUGGAAGGCAAAGGCAAAGGAGGAGAGUCAUACUUGUUGAAGAAGGGAUCCUACGUCCAUGUCCCUCAAGAGCUGCACCAGUCUGAUCCAGCGUACUUUCCCAAUCCAACUGAAUGGCAGGCUGAGCGACAUAUUCGGGAGACAGUGGAUGACAGCGGCAACAAAGUGCUGACGGCAGAGCUUGGGACAAUGAGGCCAUAUGGUGGCGGCCUGAAGAUGUGCAAGGGAAGGCAAUUUGCGCUGCGAGAGAUGCUGCUGUAUACAGCCGCCAUCAUCACCUUUUAUGAUAUGCAGCCUCCCAAGGGGGGGCCAUGGCCUGUUCCCCGGACAAGGAAACUGGUUGCAAACAAGCACCCGAAAAAGCCGCUCAAGGUCUGGAUCAAGAGGAGAAAGCUGCCAGCGGAGGGCGAGGCAAGAUGA